AUGCUUUGUUCUUUGUCUUCUGAAACGAAGCUUGACAUCUUUAAAUGUCUCAGCUAUCAACAAUUAUUGGCAUUCAAACAAACAAAUGUUUAUCUGCUCAACUUUGUUAAUCAAUAUGAGGUGGAACUUGCUAAGGAGAAGUUCACUAUGAUUUGUCUGGGUGAUAUUGGUGGAUUCAAUGGAAUUCCUCGUAAAUUGAUUAACACAAAGGCUGAAGAUUUUGACUUUCCAAAGACCAAGGAAAUUGAAGAGAAGUUCAAAAAUGGAUUUAAAAAGCCAAUUCCUUUGUUUUUAUCUGGUCAUGGUACAGGCGAAAUUGAUAUCUACUUGGAGAAAGUUGACAAAAGUGAAGAAUAUGUACUUCGACUCCCACCAAUUAUUAAAAGCAAAGAGGACAUUCAAAUUGUUUAUCAUUAUUUGAAUAAGUUGUUUAAGUGCUCAUUCAAAUGCUCCUACUUUGAAGACUAUAUAAUCAAUCCAGAAUUGAUUGAAUUAUUAUUUGGGGAGGCUAAACAAUUUUACGUUCAAAAUUGCAAUAUCUCUAUUCAAAACCGCAAUAUUGGAAUUUUAAUGAGAUUGAUUUUGAAUAAUCUGGCAAGUGAAUAUCAUCGAAUUUCUUUUCAACCAAUGGGUGAUGACACUAUGAAGAAAUAUAAAGAUGAUUUGUUUAAAAUUUUAUUAAAUGGAGGAGACAAAUUCGGAAAGGUUAAUGUGAUGUUCCAUUGUACUCCAGGAUUCUACAAAAAUGUUUAUAAUCAUAUUGUUGAAGUGAGUUAUCUAACUGGGGCCAACCCUGAAUACCUACACCCCUUGAAAAUCCUCAAAUUUUGA